AUGACAAUCGAGACUGUACAAAGAAACAAUGCGGGAAACGACAGAUCCAUUUACGGAGAUUUAAUCUACGCCGUGGAUAUCCACCGUAAAGCCAUGCAGUUGGUAUUCUGCCCGCUUUUUCAAGCGCUAACAGCCGAAUACAACAACGUCGGGGAGCUCUCGGUACUCAUUAUGUUCAUAAUUCAUUUCUCUUACUUGGCCAUAGGCAGUUACAUGGCACAGGAGAUCAUAGAUCACAAUAACCACGUGUUCGCAACCGUAUACAACGUUCAAUGGUACGUGGCAUCCUUGAACGUACAGAAGAUGGUAUUAUUUUUAUUACAAAGGGGUAACAAGGCCUUUAAUAUAAAUAUCGGAGGAUUGAUUGUGGGAUCGUUACAGGGCGCCGCCACGGUGAAAUAUUUAUUGGAUCAACUUGAGCAAAUCUGUAGCGAGCUAAAGAAUAAGAAAGAGAUUGCUAUCUUAGAAAAUUAUGCGACCGUCAUAAAACGUUUUACCAUUAUAAUUACACAAUAA